AUGGCUACCCCAAUCUCUACCAACCUCAUGGAGGAACUGUACGCUCAGGCACUUGCUGAUCCCCAACUCCCUCGUGACAACCCUACAACGGCCUUUUGGCAGCUUCCUCCGCACCCGUCCAUGUCCGAGACGCGGUCCGCUGAACUGCCGACAACCACCGACUACGCCAUCAUUGGCUCUGGCGUGACCGGGUGCAGCAUGGCCAAGACACUGCUCGACAGCACGCCUUCUGCCACAUCCUCGGUGACAGUCUUUGAGGCGCGCAAGUUGACCAGCGGAGCCACUGGCCGAAAUGGAGGGCUUCUCACAAAUUUUGUUCCUGGGCACUUUAAGCAUCUCAUCGACCAGCUCGGUCAUGAACAGGCCAUCAAGAUUGCACGCUUCGCAAACAGGACGCUGGAGAAGAUGCAUUCGCUGGCCAACUCGUCCGACGAGUUCAGAGACGCUAGUGUGGUGCGAAGAACUUUGGAUGUCAUUGCAUUUGAUGACCAUCAGUCCUUCAACGAUGAGAAGGAGGGAUUCAAGCUUUAUGAGAAGUAUGUCACAGAGGAGGCGGGUAAGACGCAAAUCCUGACCGCGGAAGAGCUUGCAGCAUACAACGUCAAGGCCAACUCGGGUGCAAUUCUCUUCCCAAACGGCGCCUUUUGGCCGUAUCGAUUGAUAACCAGACUAUGGGCCCAACUGCAGAAGCAACAUGCACCACGGUUGUCAAUCGAGACAAACACGCCGGUGACGGAGAUUGCCUAUGACCCAAGCAAUGCGACCCAUCCGUACGUCCUGAAAACACCUCGUGGUUCCGUCCGUGCAUCCAAGAUUCUGCAUGCGACGAAUGGUUACUCGGGGCACCUCUUGCCUGGUCUGCGCGGCAAGAUCUACCCGCUCCGUGGUACCAUGUCGACACAAAAGCCACCGGCCGCUUUCGGCAACCAUGGAAACGCAAUCACUUGGAGCAGGGUGGGCGGCGGCGGCUUCGACCCCACCACCAAUGUGAUUGAGCUCGGUCUGUACUACUCGAACCAAAACCCACAGUCUGGCGAUGUGUUCAUCGGCGAAAAUAUCCGCACCAAGCUGCCGCGGUGCUUCACCAAGGGCUGGGAGGAGACAAGCGAGCACGAGGUCCGAAAGGUCUGGUCUGGCAUCAUGGGCUUCACUGGGGACCGGCUUCCGCUGAUUGGGAAAUUGCCGGCGAGCGCGACGAAGCGGCGAGGUGACGGGGGCGAGUGGAUUGCAGCCGGAUUCAAUGGCUACGGUAUGCCAUUGUGCUGGUCAAGCGGAGAGGCAGUCGCGAAAAUGAUUCUGGGACAAGACGUGGACGAUUUUCUGCCGAAAUCAUUUGUUGUUACCGAGGAGCGCCUGGAAGCGGAAUCCAUGUCGUUUGCGACGGCCAUCAACGGUCUUCUUUCUGGCUAUGUCUAG